CUUGCAUAGAAUCAUAUAUAUGUGGCGUGCGGCAUUGCGCAGCAUGCUCUCACACACACAGAGAGAGUAGUUGCCGAGAGCUAGUAGUACGACCUCAGACAAAAGACCGAUGGCCAACGCAGUUGCCAUCGUCGCGCUGAUGUGCGCCAUUGUCGUGCUGCUUCCGCCGCCAGCGGGGAGCGUUCGCUUCCAGUUCGAGGAGGAGGACAUGGCGACGGAGGAGGCCAUGUCGGCGCUGUACCAGCGCUGGGCGGCGCACCACCGUGUGGCCCGCAACGUCGCCGAGACCGCUCGCCGGUUCGACAUAUUCAAGGACAAAGUCCGAAGGAUUCAUGCUUUCAACAAGCAGGGCAACGCGCCCUUCUUCCUCGGCCUCAACCAGUUUGGCGACAUGACCGAAGCGGAGGUGGACAAGACCUACGGCGACUGCUCCACCUCCAUCGCGUACGAGAGCGACGGCGCCUGGCCCACGGGCCCCGCCCCCACCGACGCGUCGCGAGUGCUCAUAUUACCGCCCCCGGAGCAGGUGGACUGGCGCCAGAAGGGCGUUGUCACAGCCGUCAAGAAUCAGGGCCCUUGCCAGGCUUGCUGGGCCUUCGCCGCCAUCGCGGCGGUCGAAAGCUUGAACGCGAUCAAGACAGGCCAACUGUACGACCUUUCGGAGCAGGCGGUCGUGGAUUGCGCCGAUCCGCCUAAUGAGGGCUGCGAAGGCGGCCUCGCCGCCGAAGCGCUGCGGUUCAUGAGCAUGCAAGGGCGGCAGAACGGAGCGUUUAGCGAGGACGCCUACCCGUACAGGUUUGGGGAUAGGACGAGUGGCGCGUGCGCCGUUGGUCAUCUGACUCCCCAAGUCAGGUAUCACGGUUACCGGAUGGUUCUUCCCCGAAACGACGCCACCACCCUGAUGAGGGCCGUCGCGCCCCAGCCCGUGGCAGUCCGAAUCACCGCGAAUGGUACCGCUUUCAACAACUACGGCGGCGGGAUAUUCAUCGGCCCGUGCACGACGGAACUCGGCCACGCUGUCGUGGUCGUUGGCUACGGCACCGAGCAUGGCCACCCGUACUGGGUGGUGAAAAAUUCUUGGGGAGAUGAAUGGGGUGAGGAGGGUUAUAUCUGCAUGAGUCAGGUCGCGGGCAAGGAAGACGAAGGAGGCCUGUGCGGCAUCCUGAGAGAGCCUUCCUACCCCGUAUGGGCCUAGAUGAGCUCGCUCGCGCAAGCACCGGAAGGCUGCGGUGCGCGCGCAUGGGCUUCCAGGUCGUAGUUAUCCUCAAAAUAAGUUCAAAGAAAAAAAAAACG